GCGCAUCGAGCCACUGUGGGCUGAUGAGCCUUUUGCCAGUGGAAAUGUGACAGGUUCUCUCUGUUGCUGCUUCAGUGCAACCAGUUGACCUUCCAUUGGGAAUUCCGUGACCAGUUCUGGCCCAUCUAGAAAUCCACAUCUCUUUGUCGUGCGCUGAUCAAGUACUCCGUAGUCACUUUGAAUUUCCCACUUGGCUUCAUCCUUCCCCAUCCUCCCCCCUUCCACGAAACCCACCACGCCUUCGAUUCGACUUCUCUCGCUGUUACCUUCCAACUCGCCUCUCCUUCCAACGUGUCCUCUCCUCAUCCCGCGGGCUUGAUCUCGAAUCUAAGCCCUCGUUCCUCCCUCGCCCCGCCGUAUUCCUCUCCGACGUCCCCGUUCCGCAGCCAGUUACUGCUCAUUGACCAGACCGGUGCCUCCGACACGACCACCAAUCGAAGAGCUGCACCGCAGCGGAGACACAAGGCUGAGGGGGUGUGAUGAGUUGGAGUGAUGAACAGGCAUCACGCCUUUACCAAUGGCUACGCCGCCAACAAGAAACGAGAUGACGAUAUCUACCGCCCCUACACCGACCGCUCCGACCUCGAGAACAAGUAUAUUUGGGGCCUGCCCGAUCUAGUUGAGGACGACAAAGUGGACUCCUCCUUCAAUCGAAAAUUCGAGCCGCGAAAACGAGCCCUUCAUACCCGAUCUCGCCUGAUCCGGUUGGGCUUGAUCGUCCUGGUGACAUGUUGCGUGGCCUUCUACUUCUUCUUUCCCUCCAGCUCUACUUUGUCUCUGCUCUCGAGCAGUUCGGCAGCUUCGGUUCAGUACGAUGAUAUCGAGACUCUGCGAUACUAUGACCUCGAAGACGUACAGGGUACCUCGGUGGGCUGGGAGAGGGAAGAACGAGUCCUACUUUGCACGCCCCUGCGAGACGCUGCACCGCAUUUGCCCAUGUUCUUCGCCCAUCUAAGAAAUUUCACCUACCCUCAUCACCUCAUCGACCUAGCGUUUCUGGUUUCAGACUCCAAGGACAACACCGAAGAACUGCUCUCCCAAAUGCUCGAAGCACAACAAUCGGAUCCGGAUCCUUCACAGCCAUACGGAGAGAUUUCGGUCAUACACAAGGAUUUUGGACAGGCGGUGGGUCAAGAUGUGGAAAGCAGACACGGUUUUGCGGCUCAAGCCAGCCGAAGAAAAUUGAUGGCGCGCGCACGGAAUUGGCUGCUCAGUGCGGCCCUGAGACCAUAUCACAGUUGGGUUUAUUGGCGUGAUGCUGAUGUCGAGACGUGUCCCUAUACCAUCAUUGAAGAUCUCAUGCGGCAUGACAAGGAUGUAAUUGUGCCGAACAUCUGGCGGCCCCUACCUGACUGGCUUGGGGGUGAACAACCCUACGACCUCAACUCCUGGCAAGAAUCCGAGACUGCCAUUGCCCUCGCCGAGUCACUAGAUGAAGACGCUGUCAUCGUGGAAGGCUACGCAGAGUAUGCCACAUGGCGGCCUCACCUUGCCUACCUCCGCGAUCCCUACGGAGACCCCGAUGUCGAAAUGGAACUGGACGGCGUUGGCGGAGUCUCCAUUCUCGCCAAAGCCCGAGUGUUCCGUGCAGGCGUCCAUUUUCCGGCCUUCUCCUUCGAAAGGCACGCCGAGACCGAAGGGUUCGGGAAGAUGGCCCGGCGCAUGAAAUUUUCUGUUGUUGGACUCCCCCAUUAUACUGUGUGGCAUCUGUACGAACCCUCGGUGGAUGACAUCCGGCAUAUGGAGGAAAUGGAGCGCGAAAAGCGCGAACGGGAAACGCAGGAAAAAGAAAACGCCGAACAGGUCAAGAAGCUCGAAGACGAGUUCCGACAGGUGGGCUCUCAGUGGGAGCAGGAUAAGGAAGCUAUGGCCGCAGCACCAAAGAAGGAGGGCGUUCAAUUGGUGAACACGAACGCUGACAAGGCCGAGAAGAAGGUUCCAGCCGGCAAAGACGAGGACAUCAGCUAAAAUGAGUGAAGAACGGAUUUGAUGCAACAACACCAUUGCUGGUGGGUGGCUACCUACCGAGCUAAACGAUACAGCGGUCUCGGGUAGAGGGUCAUGGAAUUCAGGAAAAAGCAAAAGAUAACGGAUCAUGGGAUAUGGGAUAGAAAGCGAGCGAUCCAACCAUCUUGAGCAAAGCAUGAUGCGUACAUGGACGAGAGUUGGCGGCGUUCUGUGUCAACAUUUCGGGCGUCUGGGAUUUUGGGCAACCUCUCCCUUGGCGGGAGGCUCAUUUGUGACCUGUACACAAUAUCUACGAGGGAUGCUCGGCGGCAACUGCUGCUGACCUGGUCCGGCAGUUCUUUUAUUGGGGAGGAAUGUGUCAUGAUCGAGUGGCAGCUGUGAGGACAUGUCAUACAAGUAUUCAGCAUUCCAUUUCAAUACAUCAUCGCAGCGCGGAUCUGGAGUUGUAGUCUUUCUGCCAUGGAUAGAAAGAUGUCUCGAGGAGAGUAAUUGUCU